CAGUUGGUCAACCCGGUGGACCGCCAAUCUUCAUGAAUCCGGCCACAAAUGACCAGCCGCUGCAGUUUAACAUGAACAAGAACAAGCCACCAAUGGCUGUUCCCUUGGAAGAGCUCCAACACCAGGAACACAGCGUACCCAGUGCGGAACGUGAUGGACACAAUGGAAACAGUGAACGCAGCCAAUUUUCGGAUCGUGAUCACCACAACAGCGAAGACCGUGAAUUUAGACUAAGGCAUGAGCCGCCCCCUAUAGGGCCACAGGUGCCUACUUCUGCUUGGGCCCCCGGUGUGCCUAUGGUGCCAGGCCCUGCGAUGAUGCAUGGGGGUCCGAUGGGUGACCCAAAUAUGAUGAUGGGAGGCUUUGGCUUCAAUCCACCAUUUGGUUACAUGCCACCGGGCCCUCCAGGACCUCCUCUCCCACAAAAAGAAAUCAUCCACUGCAAGAGCUGCACUCUCUUCCCCCCAAACCCAAAUGCUCCGCCUCCGUCUACGAGAGAGAGACCACCAGGAUGUCGCACAGUCUUUGUCGGUGGGCUUCCUGAGAAUGUAACAGAGGAAAUUGUCCAGGAGGUGUUCGAUCGCUGCGGCCCUAUCAUCAGUGUGCGGAUGAGCAAGAAGAAUUUCUGCCACAUCCGGUUUGAGCAAGAAAUGAUCGACAACGAACUUUGGAUGCAGUUGGGAGAGUCUUACAUUGGUGACAAUGCACAUAUUAACAGAGCAAUUGAGCUUUCAGGUUACAGGGUGCGAAUGGGCUCUAACAUGGACCCACCAAACUCUGGCAGGCUGCAUGUAGACUUUGCGCAGGCGCGGGACGACCUGUAUGAGUGGGAGUGUGCCCAGCGGGGAGUCAUGCGCGAAUUGCGACACCGACAACGUAUGGAGCAGGAGCGACUGCGGCCGCCUAGCCCACCCCCAGUCGUCCACUUUUCCGACCACGAAGCCAUGGCCAUCUCCGAACAGCUAAAAAAUGAGGAAUCAUUCUUCAAGGCUUCAUCGCUGCUGAUGCAGUGGCUGGAGCGCGGUGAUUGCAGCCGCCGCAAUGCCAACACCUUCUACAGCAUGAUCCAGAGCACCAACUCACACGUACGUCAGAUCCUCAACCAGAAGCAGGCCUACGAGGAGGAGGCGAUGAAAUUUAAGGAGCAGAUGAAACAGCGCAUGCAGGGACUGCUGACGCAAUUUGAUCAGAUUGAUCGCGUAUUCAGUGCGGCCAGUAAGCAGAAGGUGUGGGACCACUUCAGCAAGCCUCAGCGCAAGAACCUUGAUCUGUGGCGUAAGCAGUGUCAGGAAAUCAAAGCCAGCAGCUUGGAGGAGUUCUUGAGUGACCGGCAGGAGGAUGAGAUGGAGUUGUCAGAUGGUGAAGACAGCGGUGUCUCGGCACCAAAGAAGCAGAAGACAGAGGAGGAACUAGUGGCGCAUGCACAUAUGCAUGCACAGAGCAUGCAACUGAGCAACCUGAAGGAGGAGAAUGACCAGCUGCGAUGUCAGGUCGAUGCAUAUAAAAACGAGGUCGACAUUCUUAAAUCUGAACACAAGGAUCUGAUCGACUACAAAGAUAAUCAGCUGAAAGCACUGCAGAACACACUCGAGUCCAUGCAGAAACAACUCAUGGAAAACCUACGUAAACAGAAGGACUCCGGGGAAGAGAUUAAGAAGUUGCGGGCAUUGGCAGCUGCUACUACAGAUGUCAUCAUUGAUGGCCAGCAGGGACUUGUUCUUAUGGAUGAAGCCAGGCUAGAUGGCACUGCUGAACCAGAAGUCCCAAUUCCAGUAAAAGCAGAGGUUGCCAAAGUUCCGGAUACGUCAAGCUCAGGAAUAGAUGGGCGGCAAAUCUCUCAGAAGGAUGCCAAACUUAUUGGUUUAAUUGCCACAUUUUUACACGUCCAUCCGUUUGGAGCCGGCUCUGACUACAUCUGCUCCUACCUCCAAAGGCUCACCACAGGUAUUCUGGUACGCGAGAGGUAGACGAGCUGCUGCAGAGUCUACCGGGAGUGUUCGUACAGAAGCUGUCUGGGGUUGGUGCCUCCAUGGAGCGCAGGUGGCACUUCACCGGAUUCCAGGCUGUAGACGACGCUUAGUCACUACGCUGCAGUCGAUCUUUCCACCCUGUACAGCGCCCAGCUAACGCGAGUAAGUGCUAGCGCGUACCCCCUGUAGAUGAUGUAAGUGCUGCUGUGUGCACCACAGAUGACACGUGCGACACAUGUGUAGGUAUGAAUUAUGUGAAUGCAUUGCAGACUGUGAGGGGUGUGGCUGGGGACAUUGCAGACUGUGAGGGUGUGGCUGGGGACAUGCAGACUGUGAGGGUGUG